ACAUACGAGUCAUACCAAGCAUAGCCAGCAUGUCAGUGCAGUCAGCUUGCAGCGGGCUGUGAGGGAGAGUGCCUUUGUCCUAAGAAAUGUGCUUUGUGUUUUUCUUUUUUACUGCUUUCUUUUUAAGCCCCCCCCCCCCCCCAGACAGGCUUGAGAAGACUUCUGAAAUGAUUUUUUAAAGCCGAACAGAAGACAUAAUCAGACACCUUCCGCAAGCCCUUGACGGGUUUUGUUUUAGUCUGAUUUUUUUUUGUGUGUGUGUGUAUGAUUUUUUAAAAACCUUUUACAUACUUUGUUUUGAUCUUGUGAGGCUGGGUCUCUAUCUUCCUGAAGUUUUAGGAGAGCCUGGAGCUACUCGGCUAAGACUGACUUUUGAAACUUUCUCUUUGGGGGUGAAAGCAAAGAACUGUUUUUCUUUGCUAGCCGGGCAGAUAAAUGCUGUUUAUGAAGAUGGACCUGUUGAACUACCAGUACUUGGACAAGAUGAACAACAAUAUCGGCGUUCUGUGCUAUGAAGGUGAAGCUUCCCUCAGGGGAGAACCCAGAAUGCAGACCCUCCCGGUGGCCUCAGCUCUCAGCAGUCACCGCACAGGCCCGCCUCCCAUCAGCCCCAGCAAGAGGAAAUUCAGCAUGGAACCCGGGGACAAGGACUUGGACUGUGAAAAUGAUCACGUCUCCAAGAUGAGCCGUAUCUUCAGCCCCCAUAUGAAUAAGACUGUCAACGGAGACUGCCGCAGAGAUCCCCGGGAACGGAGCCGCAGUCCCAUCGAGCGGGCUGCAGCACCCGCUGUGAGCUUGCAUGGUGGCCACCUAUACGCAUCCCUCCCCGGCCUCAUGGAGCAGCCUCUUGCCCUGACUAAGAACAGCAGUGACACAGGCCGGUCAGCUGUGGAGCGGCAGCAGAACCGGCCCUCCGUGAUUACCUGUGCAUCUGCGGGCGCCCGCAACUGCAACCUCUCUCACUGUCCCAUCGCACACAGUGGCUGUUCUGCGCCUGGGUCCGCCAGCUACCGGAGACCACCCAGUGCAACUGCCACCUGUGACCCUGUGGUGGAAGAGCACUUCCGUCGGAGCCUGGGCAAGAACUACAAGGAACCAGAGCCGGCACCUAACUCGGUGUCCAUCACUGGCUCUGUGGACGACCACUUUGCCAAAGCACUAGGUGACACAUGGCUUCAGAUCAAAGCGGCCAAGGACAGCGCAUCCAGCAGCCCGGAGUCAGCCUCACGCAGGGGCCAGCCAGCCAGCCCCACUGCCCACAUGGUCAGCCAUAGUCACUCCCCCUCUGUGGUCUCCUGAAGGGGGAGCCACCCUUUGACCACACAGGAAUCUGCAUGGUUUGCCUGAGCUUUGAACAGUCAGUGCUUAAAAAAACAGAAAGAAAAAAAAAAAAAAUCCUGGGGGGAGGGGGGGUGGGUGGUUUAUUCGCAAAACCAUGUUGUCUGGACUUUGUUCUGCUCUGUUUUAUACUUGCUUAGUGUUCAUACAAGGGGCCUCAGUGUGGCAACGGAACAGCACGGAGCACUGAGUCCGGCAGAGCAUCCUUGCUUCCUGCCCUGGUUACCAAAGAAACCUCUGCAGGUCUGCCACCUGGCAGCCGGGACCCUGCGGCCCUUUUUCAGUCACAAGCCAUGACGACACGGGGAUCCGGACACUUUGUGCUCUUAGCAUUUGAGGCCGGGUGCACAGCCUGGCUUCCACCUGGGGUCUGGCUCAGUCUGCAUUUGCAUGUGUCUGCCUGAAGAGAACUGUCCUGAUUUGCACUAUGGAGGGCAGAGCUGCCUGCUGGGCAGCUGUCUAAGAUGCCAGUACUGAGGGCAAACUGCUAGGGAACACUUCACCUUGUGUGCUUGCAUUGUUGCUGAACUUAGAAGGUCUCUAGCAGGUUCUAGGUCUUUCUCUAGGCUUGAGGUGCUCACAGCUGGACUGCAGACUCCCCCUGACCAUGGGCAUUUACCCUCUCUGAACACUGCAGUUUGUGAGGCCGGUGCCAAGGCUGGAGGACUCCGUAGUGCUUCUGACAUGGUGUAUGUCUCAAAAAAAAAAAAAAAAAAAAAAAAAAAAGCUGGUUCCUAUUGACUAAGCCCAGACUGUAGCACCGACUGGCUCCUUGUCUGGCUUCUUGUUGGCAUUAGCCUGUUUCGUCAGUUUCAGCCCUUGCUACAUUCACUGCUGGUCCAGCUGUGCUUCUGAGAUGAGUCAGUGCUCACUUUACUCCGGAGAGGAGUGCACAGCCAGUGGGUGUGGUAGGCUGGGGAAGCCCGUUGCUGCUGAUUUUCUGCAUCCUGGGCUGGGGACUUGGAGUUCAUGUCUUUAGGCUCCUUGAUACACAGACUGCUCCUUUCCAACUCCUGGCCAAACAUCAGGUGCCUGACAGCCUGCAGCGUGGGGGCUGCGUGCGCAUCCUCCUAUGCUGGGGCCAAGGCUGUACACAUUCCUCUGUAUACAGUUCCUCCUGCACCACUAUUCCUGCACUAUUAAUAGCUACUAACUAGACAUUAGAAGCCAGCAGGACAGACACGGUUGGGGAUGCCCGACAGCUGCUGCUCCCCCCAGCCUUGAGCAUUUCUGUCCCCUGGCCUGGCCCACCUGAGGGCAUCACCUAGCUAGGAGCUCCUCCCCCACAAGGCAUUAUGGACUCCUGCACAUGGGAGCCCAUGGAGCUGACUUUUAGGAGGAGGACACAGGUUAGCUGUUGAACUUGGGAAACAGGCACGGGUGGGAAGGUGGGGAGUGAUGCCCGCAGUCAUAGGGUGGUUACUGGCCUUUACAAGCAUGGGCAGCCCUCCUCCUGCCCCGUAUAAGGUUCACUCCACUCUCCUGGGCUUCCAAGCUUGGCAUUCAGGCCCCUCUAUUUUCUGUAGGAAAAAAAGAAUUGUUCAGAACACUUUUUUUAUAUAGGUAAUUUUAAAGACCAUCAUUACGCUGUGCGUAAAGAAUGUACAGAGAAAUUUGUAGGUAUUUUUUGAAGAAACAAUUAAUUUGUUAAUGAUAUGUAGCUAUUUAAUUUUCCCUUUCCUAUCGUAAUCAUUUUUUUGUUGUUGUUGUUUGGGGAAAAAAAAGUUGAUCUUUUUUGUCGUAGGUGUGUCUGUAAUCGUGCAGGUACACAGUUACUUCAUGACAACACUGCGUCCGCAUCAAUAGCCACUAGUUUGUUAUUCUACAGGCUACUGAGGUUGUCACAGGAAAACAACCGCACCGCGGACUGGCUCUGUGGGCAACGGGCCUCAGAUACCCGUCAGUGAGCGGGUCAUCGGUGUUGGGGGAUGGGAGACAGCAGUGUGGGUGGCUGGGUCCCUGGUGCGCUGACCUAUCUGGAAUAGGCCGUGCCCUGGAGUGGGAUACCACAUGUCAGCUGAGGAGUGCGUCAUCCUGCCUGGGCAGGAGCUUGUGACCUCCCCAGACAGAAUAAGCCAUCUAUGUGCGUGCUGACCCCUCUCUGUGUUUGUAAAUCUGUAAUAUACCAUUUUCUGUGG